UGUUGGGCCGGCCCAUGAAGCGGGUCUUUCUCUCUCCACUCCUCAUCGUCAUCCGAACCCACGAGGGCGAGCGCACAAGGGUUUCCGGCUUCGGCGUCUCCGGCGCCGGCGACCCUGCGACGGCGAGCCAGCCCCCGACCUUCGGCCUCUCGUUGGCAGCUUCUGCCAGGUCUUUUGGUGAUCCAGGUAUGAAGAGGGCGGCGCCGUGGGAGGAGCCGCUGGACGUCUCCUCCGACGAUGACUCCCUGAACUCGGACUCCGACGAUGAGGCCGGGAAGGGGAAAGGGGACAACGCCUUUGGGCUGCUCAAUUCCUCCAAACCUGCUGCGGCUGCCGCAGACGGUGCACUGAUCAGGAGGGCUGAAAUGUAUCAAGAAUAUAUGAAGCACAUUCCAGUUCCUGCUCAUCGUGGAUCUGUAAUCCCAUGCACAACAUGGCUGGGACUUGGCAGAUCUAUGAAGCAGUUAUAUGAGCAGCCUUUGCAUUACCUCACCAACAUCCUACUGAAACAGUGGGAUCAGCAGAGAGUUGGGAGUGUUGAUGAGCACCGGCCUCUCGAUGCUAUCAUCCAUCCUGUGAAAGCUGAGACCCUCAUUUGGAUCGCUGAAGAAGUCCAUAGGUUGACCACCUCUAGCCACCACUUAGCUAGUCUUUGGGCCUCAGCUCCAAUGUAUCAUGCCUACAUAGAUCCAGUGUUCCCUCCCAUAAAAUUACGGUAGAAGACGUUGAUUUGGGUUGUCUGUUCUGUUUUGUUUUCUAUUGCUGUAACCAGUAAGCCUGCAUGGUUUGGUUUUGGUAAAUUCUAACAAAGUAAUAUGAUCUCAACAUGAUUCAUGAUCUGAGUAUUAGCUCUCACCGUUGAGAUUCAUUU